CAAGGGCAGGUCUCACCAUCCCCUCAAACACCCGCCACGUCGAGUUUUUCCGAGGGCAUAUCGGGAAACCAAACAGAACCUUCUGGUACACCCCCCGUGCCGUCCAAAUCAAAAGCACCUCCUUUACCUUCCCACCAGAUCAGUAUCAUCAUCUUCAUCACCUGGAAAAUUCAUAUUUCCGAUCACCGGAAAUUCGAAGGGGGGCGUAUUUGAUGCCGAUAACCGAUGCCGCCGAAGCAGCAAUCGAAGGCCGAUUUGGCGAAGAAGCAGAAGAUCGUAGAGGACAAGACCUUCGGGCUCAAGAACAAGAAUAAGAGCAAGAAUGUCCAGAAGUACGUCCAGACUCUCAAGCAGUCCGUCCAGCCCAAGCCUGAUCCUUCCAAAUCCGCCGCCAAGAAAAAGAAGGAGGAUGAGAAGGCCAAGGACAAGGAACUGAAUGAGUUAUUUAAGGUUGCGAUCAGUCAACCAAAAGUACCCGUUGGUGUUGAUCCCAAGUCUAUAUUAUGCGAGUUUUAUAAAGCGGGGCAGUGUGCUAAAGGUUUCAAAUGCAAGUUCUCACAUGAUUUGAAUGUUCAGAGGAAAGCAGAGAAGAUUGAUAUUUACACUGAUAAGCGUCAAAAUGAAACAAUGGAGGAAUGGGAUCAGGAAACUUUGGAGAAGGUGGUGGAGUCAAAGAGAAAAAAAGAGUACAAUAUGAACAAACCAACUGAUAUUGUUUGUAAAUACUUUCUGGAAGCAGUGGAGAAAAAACAAUAUGGUUGAUUUUGGGUCUGCUCCAAUGGUGGCAAAGAUUGCCAUUACAGGCAUGCUCUUCCUCCAGGAUAUAUUUUGAAGUCUCAAAUGAAAGCUUUAUUGGAGGAAGAAACUGAAAAGAUACCCAUUGAGGAGGAGAUUGAAGAUCAGCAUGCUAAGUUGAAAACUUCAACUCCUAUGACUCCUGAGUUGUUUAUGCAAUGGAAGAAGAAAAAGAUAGCAGAAAGAGAUGUCAACUUGGCCUCAAAAAUGGCAGAGCGGGCUAAAAAUGAUCGUAUGAGGUUGGCCGAGAACUAUCUGUCAGAUUCAACCUUAUUUGUGGAUGAUGCUGAGGCAUCUGAGAAGUAUCAAAGACAUCAAGAAUCUGAAGUUGCUGAAACGAAGGUUAGUGUUAUUGCUAAUGGAGGUGCGUCAAAUAGCUCGGCAACAGCUGAUGGUGAUGCUAAAGAUACCAACGUUGCUGACGAUGUUGAUGAUGAUGAUGAUGAUUUGGACAUAAAUGAGUUAAAUGAGUUGGAAGCACGCUUAACAAAGACAACGAUACAAGAGCCAGGCAUUAGUGCUUAAGCCGGAGAGAGGCAGCCCAAAGUCUGCAUACUUCUCGAGUGUGAACUCCAUAAUAUUUUUUCCAUACUUGUUGCCCUUAAAACCUCCCCAACAAUUGCCUUACUGUCCUAAUGGAUCAUUAGGUGCUUUUGCAUCUUGUAUCUAAUAUCAGUGGUGAAUUUCUUCCUACAAAUAUCAUUGUUUUGUAACUCAAGCACCUUAGGAUGCAUUCUCCAGAAAUGUGUCCUCUUUUGGUUUUGGUAGUGUACUCCUGUAUUGUUCUUCCAGAUGCUUGGUACUGAUCUUUCUU